CUUGGUUAGUGAAUAGGCCGAAAUUUCUUAAAGAAAAUGCUGGAUCGAAUUAGUGGAUUUCAUGUAAUGAUCAGUUCUUAUUUGACUGAUGAAUCUUGAGUUUUAAGUAAAAGCAACUGUAACCCAAUCAAAGGAAAGUUUACUCGAUAGAUUAAUGAUUAAAUGCUCGAAAAGUGACAAAGUUAACCAAAUUCACUCAACUCAGUAAUUGAUAUCUUUUUUAAGUGCUUCUUUAACAAUCUUGAUCAAUGUCUUUUAUCUUCCAUCAUCUUCUAUCAUCAUCACCAUCAUCAUCGACAAUCUUUCUCAUUCUUACAAACUGAAACACAAAAAAAAUUAUCUGUACGUGUGUGUCAUCCCAUAUUGUUGAUUGGUUAGGUUGACAAUUAAUCAUGUCCAAAGUCAAAACCAAAAUCUUUACAAACUCAUCUUUUGUUUCUAGGCUUGGUGUAAUGCCAGGGAUAAUUGACUGACUGUGUUACUGUCUUGAACCGUCUUUUAUUGUCUCCAACCACUUUAUUUUAAUCAGUAAUGUAAUUAUUGAAACCAGUCACUAUCAGCUUUAAAAUUUCAGAUAAACGGAUACUCCUCUAUCCUGUCAUCGAUUAGCAUGUUGAGUGAAAAUAAGUGAAAAAUAUCACCUUUGAUGUAACUCUUUACCCGAUUUUACCAAUUUUUAUUGAAAAGCCUUCCACUAGUUUCAAAAUUGGUUGAUUAACCAACUCUAACCUUCAACCCUUCAACAAAAUCAUCACUGCUUGUUGUUUAAACUUUCCUCUUCACCAUGGAUUUACAUGCAACUAUUAUCCUUCUCUUGAUUUUCCUCAUUACCCGGGUUUCAUUUGGUCAGAGACAGUUUCAAAUUGAUUGGUCUAACAAUGUAUUUCUCAAGGAUGGACAACCUUUUCAAUAUGUUUCUGGUUCAUUUCAUUAUUUUCGGGUUCCAGUCGAGUAUUGGUCUGAUCGGAUGAUUAAAAUGCGUAGUGCUGGUCUCAAUGCAAUUCAAACGUAUAUUGAAUGGCGAUCUCAUGAACCAUCCAUUGGUGUUUACAAUUUUGAGGAUAACCUGAAUUUGUUUGGUUUCAUUGAAAUGGCCCAGAAACAUGAUCUUUUGGUUAUCCUAAGGCCUGGUCCAUAUAUCUGUGCAGAGCGUGAUAUGGGAGGUUUACCGUCUUGGUUGUUGACUGAAGAUCCAUCAAUGGCAUUGAGAUCAAAUGAUUCUCGGUAUUUGAAUCAUGUUAAUCGUUGGUUCAAUUAUCUUUUACCACGACUCAACCCGUAUUUAUAUAAAAAUGGUGGACCAGUUAUUAUGAUGCAAGUUGAAAAUGAAUAUGGAUCUUAUUUCGCUUGUGAUUUCAGUUAUACAAGUUAUUUACGAGAUUUAAUGGCCAAUUUAACCAAUAAUGAUGUUGUCCUUUUCACAACCGACGGCAAUGCCCUGAGUUAUCUUAAAUGUGGACUUAUAAAUGGUACUUUUGGAACCAUUGAUUUCGGCCCUGGAACUGAUGUAGCUCAAUCCUUUUCUUAUUUGAGAUCACGCCAACCAAAUGGUCCCCUAGUCAACUCUGAAUAUUAUACUGGCUGGUUAGAUCAUUGGGCAGAGCCACAUUCGGUAACAUCUGAUGAGUUGGUUAUUAAGACUUUGGAAACGAUGCUCUCAAUGAAUGUUUCCAUCAACAUGUAUAUGUUUGAAGGUGGUACCAAUUUUGAUCUUGGUGCUGGAGCUAACUAUGGUAGCCAUUUAACACCUCAACCAACCAGUUAUGAUUAUGAUGCACCAUUGACUGAAUCAGGCGAUAUAACGGAUAAAUAUUUAAAAAUCCGUUCAACAAUUUCCAAGUAUUUACCUGUUGGUGAAAUACCAGAACCCAAAAUCCAACCAAAAAUGAGAUUGACUGUCACAGCAAGUCGUUACCUCAAUUUUUAUGACCUACUUGAACUAGGUAAAGUGAAACAAAGUGAAAAGCCAAUGACAUUUGAAUCUCUUGGUGUUUCAACUGGUUUUGUGCUCUACUCAAGUAUAAUCAAUCGUACUCCCAGUGAUCCAGUUUUACUGUCUAUUCCAACUCUUCGAGAUCGCGCAAUCAUCUUUAUUGAUGGGGUAAGACAAGGAGUAUUAUCAAGAGCAGUCGGUGCAAAUCAAUUACCAAUCGAAGCUCGUCUGGGUUCUUAUUUAGCUAUCUUGGUUGAAAAUGAAGGCAGAAUAUCUUAUGGACCUUACAUUAACGAAGAAAAGGGAAUAAUUGGUGAUGUUAACCUGGGAUCAGUUACGAUUACAGACUGGAUUCAUAUCUAUUUCCAAGACAUGUCUAAUUUCCUCAUUUCAGCUCUGAAAGAGAAACCCAAUAAUUAUGACAAUUUUAAUUUGAACCUAACCAAGUUAUCGCCAUUUCCUGAUCCUCCUUUAUAUCCAAAUAUGUUUCGUAGUGUAUUCCAGUUGCCCAUAGGAAUGAAACCUUUAGAUACAUUUAUGAACAUGGCUAACUUUACGAAAGGAGUUGCUAUGCUAAAUGGACACCUUCUGGGUAAAUAUUGGCCACACACCGGACCUCAGGUUACACUUUAUGUUCCUGGAGUUUGGUUUAAACCUUUCCCUGACCAAAAUGUUUUAAUAAUUUGGGAAACAUUUGGAACAACUUCAGAAGAAGAGUACAAAGAUAAUUUAGUUACGAUUCAGUUUCAAGAGCAAUCAAUUCUUGACGGACCAACACCGUUUUCAAACACUAAAACCAAUGAUUAUUGGUUAUCUAAACUUCCAAAAUCAAACAAUCAAAUCAUUGGCUAAAAUGUAUCUUCAUUUCUUGGUACAAUGUCUGAACCAGAAAAAUUUAGGUAGCCUUUUAUUUGUAAACAACCAAUAAUUUAUAGCCAUAAUCUACCAUGAAUGGGUUUUCUUAAAUUAAAUUCAUAACUUGCUUUGCUCACAAAUUACAAAAAAAAACCAAUAA